AUGUUCUCUCUAAAACGCUUUUCACCAUGGAUGGCCAAUUAUAUCCCCUCAAGGGCCAAGUCGGGCACUUCGCUGCGCAGAUGGGUGCUCAGACAAAUGGUGGAUCCACAUGCCAAAAAGUCCAAAACUGAAGGGUACAGGUCCAGAGCAGCAUAUAAGCUUUUAGAGAUUGAUACGAAGUUCAGGUUAUUUGGAAAACACGCUAAAAACAUUGUGGAUCUUGGUUUUGCGCCUGGAGCAUGGACGCAAGUGGCACUCAGCAAGAGCCGAGCUAAGGGAACUGUUCCUAAUGUUUUGGGCGUCGAUUUGAUACAUUGCCAGGCUCCCGAAGGCUCUUCGUUCGUUCAAGGCGACAUUUUCUCGAAAAAGACCCACGACGAGAUCUCUGCCUUCUUUGAACCCAAAGGACCUCUUAACCUUGUGCUCAGUGAUAUGAUGGCCAACACUAGCGGGCUUGGUGAUAACGACCAUUACGCCAGUAUGGAAUUGUGCGAUGGAGUAUUGAUAUUGGCACUUUCUAUGCUCCAGAAAGGUGGAAACCUUGUGAUGAAGUUCUACACUGGCAAAGAGGACCAGCUCUUACAGAAACGGUUGGAGAAGGUUUUCCUGAGAGUACACAAGAUGAAACCUACAGCUUGUCGAGCUGAGCUGAGAGAAAUGUACUUUGUCUGUUUGAAGAAAAAGAAGGAUAAAGUGGCCGUAGAAGAUGUCUAUGAGCCAGUAGCAUAG